CGCUGUCAAUACUGAAUACUCUAGUCUCUAAUCCCUAAUAAAUUGAAUAUUGAUUCAUUAUUCAAUAUAAAAGAAUCAUAGAAUGUUUAAAAGGAAAACUUAGUGUUAAACAAUGUGAUUAUAAUAACUAUAAAGAAUAUAAUGAUGACUCUUUAAAUGGUGUUUUUAAAUAUUCUUUAUUAACAAAAACAAAUCAAUGCAUGGUGCACUAUUAUAUACACAGACAGACAGUGGAGAUAGUUUAAUGAACGUUCUUAAAUGAAGACCCACCGCAAAUCUUCAGUAGGCAUCAUGAGGAAAUAUUAUCAAUUAAUACUCAUCGUCGUCUGUUUUUUAAGUAUUGUGACGCUUUUAAUGUACAGACAUGAAUACUACAAAUUACGCUAUGUCCUCGAAGUACUUAAUAUUUUUGGAAAACCAGGUCUUUCGGAGAUUGAAUUCUGCGGGCCCGGCUUCAAUGCGACUUUGUUAUCCGAGAUAUUAAGGAAUUCUUCUCUGGAAGUAAAAGAAACACCGCCCUUAUUUCAAGAAAUUAAUGAAGAUUUUUAUUCCUAUUCAUCAUUUCUUCGUUCAUAUCAGAAAUACGAAGACCUAUCGCCAAAAUAUGCGCAUGUUAUUAACACUAUCGUCAUUGGUAAAGCGCAUGUUAUACCCAAUUUUCGAUGCUAUAUUUGGCAUGAGAAUGUUCCAAAACCAAAAUCUGGUAGGUUUAACUACAAAAUUUCUUCCGAGCCUAUAAAUAAUUUCAGACUCUAUGUCUUUGAAUGCUCUAUGAAUAAAGACUUUGGCAGACCAAAUGGAGUUAGUUUUUUCAUAAAUGAUUAUAAUAUCAAUCCCUUGCAUGCUCCGAUUAAUAGAUUAAUUCAAGUAAAUACUAAGAGAAAAAUUCAACAGAGAAGUAAUAUUAGAUUUGUCAAUACAGUUAUACCAGCAGUAUGUGUUAUUCCUAAUCAAAUUCCUAUGGUAUCACGAGAUGCCUUUAUUGAGUUUUUAGUGUUACACCACUUGGUUGGUGUAGACUACUUCACAAUUUAUGAUAGUAUGGUUUCUGAAGAUGUUAUAAGAAGACUUAAUUUAUUUCCCCCUGACAUAGCACAGUGGAAAAUCCAAUUUUAUCCCUUAAACUAUCCCUUUAUUUUUUCUAAAUCAUACCAAAUUGUAAGAAAUGCUAUAGAGUUAGAUUGUAUAUUCCGCCAUUUUCAAUUCGACAAAGAAGAAGCAAAUAAAGUUAGUCAUGUAACUGUGUUAGCUUGGGAUGAAUUCCUUGUACCUAGAGUUCAUAACUCUAUACAAGCAUUAUUAAGAGAUUAUGACCCUAUGUUAACAUUUCGAACGUCUAUAGUGAAUACUUUAAUAUUUUGUUUGAACCAAAAUGAUGAUGAUAAUGCAGAUAUUGGGUAUCCUGACAUCAUGAAAAAAACACAUUAUUAUUCUGUGCCACAAGAGAAACAACAAAUAGAAAUUCGCAAUUUAGAUACAAUGAUAUCUUUUGAUGAUAUAUUCAAUUUAACAUCCAAUAUCAAAUCAAUUUCUAUAGAUAUGUUGGGUGUACAUAAAUACACUAUAUGUGGCAAUCCAAAAAAGUUUGACAUAGAUGGAUAUAAUGAAACAGAAAUGCAGGUUUUUCAACACAAAUUUGAAGGUGCCAUGUUAAAGUUUGGUGACAGAAUUCUCAGUGAUAAGAUAUACAGGUUGUACAGAUCAGGACAGAUUUGGGAGAAAAAUAAUCAUGGAAAUGUUAGAGAUAUGCUUUGAACAGAGAUGUGCUAAAAGACCAAAAGUGCUAAGGGAAAAUUAUUAAGCACAUUGUCCGAUAUUUAAUUAAUUUAGUAAGGGCAAGUUUUCUUUAGAAAACAUAUAUAGCAUGGUCAAGGUUGGAUGAACAAGUUCUACAAAUAUAAAGAAAUACAUCCCUUCCGAUUGGACAAGUACUUCAGAUGUCCACUAUUGACUAUUAAUUAUUAUGCUUAAAAUAUACAAUCACUAUAUUAGCUUUAUACAUAAGUGUAGCACAUAGAUACCAUUAACUUGUUGCCUUUUACCUUAUUGAUCUAGUUAUUCCAUUAUUAAAGACCAAUUUAUAGCAAA